AUGUCUGAAAGAAGGAUGUCCAAGUUUCCUGCCUCUGCAUCCGAAGGCUUCAGCUCGACUCCCGUCAAGACCGACAAGGAGAAAAACUUCCACACAGUCCAAGGGUUGGAUAACGGCGUUGUGUCUGACGAUGAAGAUACGUUUUCGCUGCUUUCCCCCAUCUAUCAUGACAGCUUCGACAGCGAUGAAGAAGACUUAGGGUUCAUCGCAGCUCAGCAGACUUCACCCAGGCUCAGCGAGGACUCGAGACUCUGCGCAUCACUACCUAGAUCCGAGCUGCCCAGGACGCCUUUAAAACAGAAGGUCAGUGCAACUGUGCAGCCAGUAAGCUCACCUCCACUCAGUGCUUGGGAGAUGUGGCUGCUGAGCAAAGCUAAAGAGGAUCGUUUUAGGCUGGAGAAGAAAGCAGAAGAGGGACGCUUACUCAGAGAAAAAGAAGAACAACAGGAAAGGGAACAGGAGCAGAAGAAGGUUGUUAUAGAAGAAAAGAUCCAUGAGUGGUUAAAAGUUAAAAGAGAAAAAGAAAGGCAUGAGCAAUUGAUAAAACUGAGAAAAGAAGAGGAGGAGAUGCAGAGACAACAGGAAAAACAAACGGAGAUUGAACGGAAAGCCCAGCAAAAAUACAAUGACUGGCUGCAAAAGAAGAACCAAGAAAAACUUGAAAAGGAAAAGAAGGAGAAGAUGGAAGCUGUCCUGAAGGAGGAGCAGGACAGAGAGCGUCGCAGGAAGGCAGAGGAGAAAUUUAAGGAGUGGCUGACGAAAGCCAAUGAGAAAACCAGAGCAAGUCCCAAAACACAUUCAUACCCUACAAGUCCCUAUGACAGAUCGUAUCCAGCACCCAGCUUCUGCAAUCCCAUCCCCUGGAAGCCAAUUCACGUGCCUCUUCCAGAAACAUCUCCAAAAAAGACAUCUGUCAGGAAACCUCAAAAGCAGAAAAAGACUCAGCAGAGUUCAUGCACUGCUUUUAGACAGAGAGACACUGCAAGUGCAGCACAUUUUCUUUACAGAAGAUGACACAAACAGUGGUGAUGCAGAGAGCUUAGACACAGCUCCAUGACUCACGUAAUCCAGCACAGCUGUUUGAAUGAAACUCUGCUGAGUCAUGGAAGUACUUGUGUUCUUGAAGAUAGUUCAGGACAUGUUGCUGUGUUUACUAUGUUCUAAUGCGUUCACUUAGUUUAAAGCAAAUUUAAUUGUUUUUUUAAAUUAAGUUCACUGAGAUUUAAAAAAAAAGUUUGAUUUGUUUUGAUACCUUUUUUCUUAUAAAUAGUGUCUAAACAUUUACCAUUUUGCCAUGUCUUUUUCUAAUACUCUGUAAAGGGAUCUGUUCAUUCUGUUUGAAGAAAAAUAAGUAUGAUUAA